UACGUUUUGAAGAAGAAUACAUAAUAGAUUAAAAACUAUAUUAGCAUCAUUAUAAGUAAUAUUAUUAUUUAUUAUACCUGUUUAUAAAAAAUUGUAUCGGCUAGUUAUGAUGCUACUAGAAAUUCUUAUAUAAUUCUAUAAAAAAAUUCAGAGGGAAAUACUUUGGCUUUGCCGCCAGGAGGAGCCAAAUUUCACAAAGCACGAUCAAAUUCUUCCUAAUUAUCAAACUUUUUUUCUCUAAAUGUCGCGAUCAACUAAAAACAAUGGCGCAGACUAUGGGCUCGGAAUGAGAGACAUAAACCCAUACGGCCAAAAUAGAACUACCGCUAUGAAUAUGAGCAAUAAUAAAGAUACCGACAGAUCAUCCAAUCCACAAGAAAAUUAUUACGUUCCUAAGCCUGAUCAAAUUAUUUAUAAUCAAGAUGAAGAAGAGGAAGAAGAUGAAGAUGAAGAAGAAGAAGAAAGUGAAGAGGAGGAAGAAGAAAGUGAAGAUGAUAGAGAACAUCGAUUCAAUGGUAGUGGUAAUCCAUAUUCAAAUCCGACUACAACUAUAGUACAAGAAGAAUCAAAGGUUGAUCGGAGAUCCUUUUCAAGUCCGCCAAUGAACACGACAGUUGCACAAAAGCAGUCUUAUUAUUCUGGGGCCCAUAGGAAGUCAAGGGUUGAAGUGAUGAAGGACUGUUUCGAUUCCUGGUUCACAAACGUUAAUUCCGACUUGCUCAUAUGCAAGGCUUUUUAUUUCUUCUUUUUUUCGGCUUUCGGAUCGCUCUAUCCAAUGCUAGGAGUCUACCUGAAACAACUCGGCUUCAAUCCUAAACAAACUGGGUUAGUUAUGGGAUUCCGGCCCUUUGUCGAACUCUGCAGCGCACCCUUGUGGAGUAGUUUAGCCGAAAAAUAUCAAAGGGCAAAACACAUACUCCUAUUUUCGUUAGUGUGCUGGAUCAUUUUUACUCUAUCCGUGGCAUUCGUGACUCCCAAGCCCGCGGGAUGCGUAAUAUUUAAUGAAACGCACCGAUUUUUUGAACCACCUUUACAACAUACAUUCGCAGAAGACCAAAAAGCUGUUAAACUCAAUCAAGGCUCAGAAUCGUUAAAGCCAGUUCCUGGUGGUACUAGCGCUAAGUUAAAAAGACGUUCAGUCUAUUUUGUUAAUACUAAUUUAACGUUUUUUAGCGGAAAUCCAAAAUUUUUUAUGGGAGAUAUCCCCAUUAAAUCUGAAAGUAUGCAGCCAUCAUCCAAAACAUUAGGAGAUAACAGAUUAAUUCUUUUCCGAGUCAAACGUGAUAUAUCCUUAAAGGACUUUUUUGAUAUUAAGAGAAAAGGGCACAAAUUGCCGAAAGGUUACAUCUUAGGUAAGAGUCCAAUAAUCAUAUCUCGAGAUUGGCUAGAAAAUUACCCUGAAAAUAUUAAAACCUUGGUUAAACCAACCUUUAGCAACGUUUUAUAUGACGAAAAGGAAGUGCAAAGAACGUUUUUGAUAAAUUUAAUGCUGAUGGUAGUCGGAGAGUUUUUCGCGGCCCCUUCUUUGCCCAUAGCCGAUAGCGCCACUUUGGGUUAUCUCGGCACAAGUAGCAACAAUUAUGGCAAACAAAGGAUGUUCGGAUCUUUGGGAUGGGGGUUGGCCAUGUUUUUCAUAGGCGUAGCAUUGGAUCAAUCUACUUCAUUCCCUACACAUCCUUGUGGAGACCACGAUCCGGGUGAAAAAAACUAUACCAUAUGUUUUGCCGUAUUUAGUGUAUUGAUGAGUCUAGCGUUCAUCGCAGCUAGUCAAUUCUAUUUCAAAUAUCAAACUGAGGAUGAUUUUAUUCAGAUGAGAGAACUGGAGGAGGAAUCUAGAGGAUCUUCUGAAUUUUACAAAUCUGGGGGACGCAAACAGAUCGAGGCUUUGAAAGCCUAUGUGCCAGGUACCACUAAAUUCUCAGGGUCGGAUAGAUUCGAUGAUGAUUUUUCUGAGUCCUACAAUAACGAUCCUAUCAUAAAAGGUUCAGUAGAAAAUAAAAAUUUUAAUUUUCAAAUGAUUGAAAAGAAAGCUCCACCACCAUUACCUCUUCCGCCUAGACCACCUACCCUUAAUAUUAAAGAGUUUAAGGGAAAAAAGGAUAAAACAAAACUAGACAAAGAACGCCUAUUUCGGCAAAACGAACUUAAAGCAGACGCACCCUCCUGGAUCAAGGCACUCAAGGCUUUCAAAACUCCCUAUCACAUCACAUUUUUGUUUAUAGCCUUUUACAUGGGAUUAGGCAUGGGUUUCGUGUUCACGUUUUUAUUCUGGCAUCUGCAGGAUAUAGGUGGUUCACCCACCAUUUUUGGCAUGGCUUCCGUAAUAAACCAUAUGUCCGAGCUACUAACCUAUUUGUUUAGUGCAAGAAUGAUGAAUCAGUUAGGGCACAUAAAGAUACUCUAUUUCGGGCUAAUUGGAAAUAGCAUAAGAUUUUUGUAUAUAUCCUGGCUGAGAAAUCCAUGGUGGGUCUUACCAUUUGAAUUCAUUCAAGGCUUGACCCAUGCUGCUGUAUGGAUCGCGUGUUCGUCUUUCGUAUCACAUACUGUUCCUAUAGAACUAAAAUCCUCGGCUCAAAGCUUGCUACAGGCUUUACAUCAUGGAUUGGGCCGUGGGUGUGGUGCGGCAUUAGGUGGAGUACUAAUACAAUCAUACGGAUCGAAAAUCAUAUUUCGUGCAUAUGGGGGUAUAUCGAUUUUACUGCUUAUAAUAUUUUAUGUGAUGAAUAAGUACUUCGCUAAAUCUCAACCCUUCCCUGAUAUUUCGCAAGAUCUUCUUUUUGAAGAACACGUUCAUCUUGAUCCCCAUGGUCUGCCCUUGAAUACCAAUUUAUCACGAGAUGUGUCUAGAAACCUUUUAUCAGACCUUCAGGAUGGUAAUGAAUCCUUACAUAAAGACCCACAUCUAUCUGAUCUAACUAACUAUAACAUCAAUCGUCUGACCCCUAUCUACAAAAGUAAUCGAAAUGACACAAACUACUUUGAUGCCGAUUAAAUCUGCGUUGUAGCAAAAUCAAUAUUAUAUAGUAUCUUAAAAAAAAAUAAAACUCAUACUUUGGUCAACCCAAACACAACGCUACUAAUAAAUAUAUUUUUUUUCUACAUUAUUUAUACUAUGAAAUAUUAAAAUAUCAAAAUGUAUUAUUAUCUGAAUCAAGUUUAAUUGGUGCAAAUUUUAAAAAUUUAUUAUCAAUCAUUGACCUUCAAUGCGAACAAUAUAAUAAUAAAUAUUUUUUGAAGAUAAUCCUAUGACAUUUAAGCCGAAUGGAAAUAGCAUAUUGGAGCAAUAAUAAGUUGUUAAAAUUGAGAUGUGAAUGUUUUUUUCAUUAUUGUAUGGAUACAAAAUAUUUUAUAUGAAACCAUAUAAAUAUAAAAUCGAUUUAUAUUUAUCAAUAAUAAUUUGAUUUUAAUUAUUGCACUUAUCAAUCUGGUCUAGUUGUUUUUAUAUAAAAAGUUAUAAGAUGAUAGAUAAAUCAGGGGACCGCUAAUUUAUUGAUAACUUGUACUAUAUUUAUAAAAAUUUGUAAUUAUAUUAUAUCGAUCCAUAUUUCUCUGCAUAUUAAUAUAUUAUUUAACAACAUUGUCAAGUUUAUAAUAUAAUCA